GGAGUUAUAUUUGUUGGGCACAUUCCACAUGGAUUCUAUGAAACAGAAAUGAGAAGUUUUUUCUCACAAUUUGGAAAGGUUACAAGAGUAAGGCUGUCAAGAAGUAAGAAGACAGGAAAUUCUAAAGGAUAUGCCUAUGUUGAGUUUGAAGAUGUUGAUGUUGCUGAAAUUGCUGCUGAGACGAUGAACAAUUAUCUGAUGUUUGAAAGACUUCUGAAAUGUGAAUUGUUGCCUUCUGAUAAAUUACAUCCAGCCUUAUUUCAUGGUUCACACAGAAGUUUUUCUAAACCUAAAGCUUCAUCAUUAUCCAUUGAUCGACAUAAUUCAGUGAAA